UCCCAAAAAAAACCUGCCCCCCCCCCCCCACCACGCACUUCUUCCGGCGAAGAGGAGGAAAUGUGACGGCGACUCUGCUCAUUUCAGAGUUGGCGAGUUCGCGAGCGGGUCGCCGAGGAAGCCCUGGAAGCUCGUCGACAUGCGGAGCAGAAGCAACUCGGGAGUGAAACUCGACAACUACGCCCGCGUAGUGAACCAGACUAUCCUGCGGUACCAAGACCCAGUAACAGGGUUAAUGCCAGCCAGCGAAGAUCAGCAUGAUGCGUGGGUCAGGGACAAUGUAUACAGCAUCCUGUCUGUGUGGGCUCUCAGCCUGGCAUACAGGAAGAAUGCUGACAGGGAUGAGGACAAGGCCAAGGCCUAUGAACUAGAACAGAGUGUGGUGAAACUAAUGAGAGGAAUCCUUCAGUGCAUAAUGAGGCAGUUGGAGAAGGUGGAGAAGUUUAAGUACAGCAAGAACACAUUAGACUCCCUCCAUGCCAAGUACAACACCAGGACCUGCGGCACCGUGGUGGGAGACGACCAGUGGGGACACCUGCAGGUGGAUGCCACCUCCCUCUUCCUGCUCUUCCUUGCCCAGAUGACUGCAUCUGGCCUUCAUAUUGUUUAUACCCAAGAUGAAGUGGACGUGGUUCAGAAUCUCAUGUUCUACAUCGAGGCGGCAUACAAAGUGGCCGAUUAUGGGAUGUGGGAACGAGGAGACAAAACCAACCAAGGCAUCGCUGAACUUAACGCCAGCUCUGUAGGCAUGGCUAAGGCAGCUCUGGAGGCGCUGGAUGAACUCAACUUGUUUGGAGCCAAAGGAGGACCUGGCUCUGUCGUCCAUGCUCUGGCUGAUGAUAUCCAGCACUGCCAGUCCAUCCUGACGUCCAUGUUGCCCAGGGCGUCCGUGUCUAAAGAGGUGGAUGCUGGCAUUCUGGCCAUCAUCUCCUACCCUGCUUUCGCCGUUGAGGACAUCAAUCUAGUCAACCUCACCAAGGAGGAGAUUAUCUCCAAACUCCAGGGUCGAUAUGGCUGCUGCAGGUUUCUUAGAGAUGGCCACAAAACUCCCAAAGAGGAUCCAAGCCGUCUGUACUAUGAGUCUGCGGAGUUGAAGCUCUUUGAGAACAUUGAGUGUGAGUGGCCUCUGUUUUGGACCUACCUCAUACUGGAUGGUAUAUUCAGCAGCAGCCCUGAACAGGUUCAAGAAUACCAGGAGGCUCUGGAGGGCAUUCUGAUUAAACAGAAAGAUGGGAUACGGUUACUGCCGGAGCUAUACAGUGUCCCCCCAGACAAGGUGGAUGAGGAGUAUAUGAAUCCCCACAGCGUGGAGAGGGUCCCAAUGGGGAAAUGCCCUUUGAAAUGGGGACAGUCUCUGUACAUCCUUGGGAACCUCCUGUCAGAGGGUUUCCUGGCCCCUGGAGAAAUCGACCCUCUUAACCGACGUUUCUCCACCAUCCCUAAGCCGGAUGUGGUUGUACAGGUGUCUAUCAUGGCGGAGAAUGAGGAGAUUAAGGAUCUUCUGAUGAAGAACGGCAUAGAGGUGGAGACUGUGGAGGACCUCUACUCAAUCCACGUCCAGCCCUCACGGGUCCUCAGCCAUAUAUAUGCAAGGCUUGGUAAUAACCAGAGGCUGGGUCUGACAGGUCGACCCUACCGGAGGGUAGGAGUCCUGGGAACCUCCAAGUUCUAUGUAAUUAGGAACUCCAUCUUCUCCUUCACCCCACAGUUCGUAGACCAUCAGCAGUUCUACUUGGCUUUGGACAACAAAAUGAUCGUGGAGAUGUUGAAGACGGACAUCGCCUACCUCUCUUCAAGAUGGAGGAUGACUGGUCGACCAACCGUCACUUUCCCCAUCUCACAGACCAUGCUGACGGAGGACCAUUCUGAUCUGGACCCUGCUGUCCUGGCGACAUUAAAAAAGCUACAGGAUGGUUAUUUUGGUGGAGCAAGGACCCAGACAGGAAAGCUAUCAGAGUUUCUUACCACUUCCUGCUGCGCUCGCCUCAGCUUCCUGGACGGUAAGAACUCUGGCAGCAUGGGUCGCCACGACGAUGACUAUGAUGAUGAUGAUGAUGAUGAUGAUGACGACGGAAGCUUUGCCCAGUCCAGCGUGCAUGAGUUACGCUUUUACGACGAUGCUGAUGACCUUUCUCAGUACCUGGACCGCCUCCUGGCCCACUCUGGCCCCAGAAGAGAGAGGCCCCGCGCCGGUGCGCGGGGCAAGUUCCGGGCCGUCGCCACCAAAGCCAAGGAUAUGGUCUCCCUGAUGAACAAGGCUCAGGGCCUCGACAUACACGAUGUCAACAUGUACCUACCUAAAAAGCUGUUCCACACCCCUAUGCCUGCUCUCAACCUGAACCUCACCGGCAAUUCACAAGCACCACAUGAGAGCCAGGCGACGCUGCCUACGGACAGCGGUCUACCCAGAGAUGCCAGCGGAGCCAUAGACUACGACGCGUUGGCAGAACUGCUCAAUGACACACAGUCUCUCCAAGACCAGGCUGAUAUACUCUACAUCCUCUUCAAGGACAAGGGAAUGGACUGGGACACCGGGCUGCACGGCACAGGGACCACAGUGCGCUCCCUGCUGUCUGAACUCUACGAGAAGGCAGGAGAAUUCAAAAACUGGGGGCUGAUCCGCAUGAUCUCCGGCAUGCUCCGGAAAAAAGUAGAGGAGCUCGACUCGGCUUGUUCUGAUUUGCUGGCUCACCAGAAGCAUCUGACAGUGGGCCUGCCUCCGGAGCCCAGAGAGAAGACCAUCACAGCUCCCUUACCCCCUGACCAGCUGGCCAAGCUCAUAGACGAAGCCAGUGAGAACAACAUCACGUUGUCCAUACUCACCCAGGAGAUCAUGGUGUACUUGGCCAUGAGUAUAAGGACUCAGCCCAGCCUCUUCAGCGAGAUGUUCAGGCUCCGCAUCGGACUCAUCAUUCAGGUCAUGGCCACCGAACUGGCCCAGUCACUCAACUGCUCAGGAGAAGAAGCUAUAGAGAGCCUGAUGAACCUCAGUCCUUCGGAGCUGAAAAACCUCCUCCAUCACAUCCUGAGUGGGAAGGAGUUUGGAGUGCAGCGCAACGUGCGAGAGAGGGACGUUGGCGUCAGCCCUGCCAUCUCUAUCCAUCAUCUAGGCAACGUGGGCGCCACCAAGAGUGAAAGAGCAGGCAUCAGUAAGCUGAAGAGCGACAUGAAGCUGAGUUUAACCACUCACUCCUUGGACAUCGGAAAAAUCGAGGCUGGGAGGUACAAGCUUCCGUCCAUAGACUCUCUGGAUGUUCCGGACAGCGGUCCGGCUGCUAGGGAUAGCAGACACGGCCAGUGGCUGCGCAGGAGGCGGCUGGAUGGAGCACUGAACCGAGUCCCUGUCGGCUUCUACCAGAAAGUCUGGAAGAUUCUUCAGAAGUGUCACGGUCUCUCCAUAGAGGGAUUUGUCCUGCCUUCUUCAACCACUAGGGAGAUGACUCCUGGAGAGAUAAAAUUCUCUGUGCAUGUUGAAACUGUUCUGAAUCGCGUCCCCCAGCCAGAGUACAGGCAGCUGCUGGUGGAAGCCAUCUUGGUUCUCACCAUGCUGGCGGAUGUGGAGAUCCAGAGUAUAGGAUCAAUUAUCCAAGUGGAGAAAAUAGUUCACAUUGCUAAUGAUAUGUUCGAUAAGGAUCAGAGGGAUCUUGGAGCAGAGGAGCACAUCCUGGAGAAGGACCCAUCCACUGGAGUGUGCAGGCUGCUGUACGACAGCGCCCCUAGUGGUCGCUUUGGGAGCAUGACCUACCUCACCAAGGCUGUGGCCGUGUACGUGCAGGACUUCCUGCCGAGCGGAUCGUGUGCCCUGCAGUGAGAGGCACAGACGCACGUUUUGGUUUUGUUUUUGUUUUUUUGUCCGUUUGUCUUUUUAGCCAUGCAGCUAGGGUGAGCAGAAUGCAGCUGAGAUGAGAGACGCACCUCUCGCACAAAUACACGCACAUGUGAACAAUCACAGCUGUACUUUUGUUUUUGAUUCCCCCCCCCCUAAUGUUCUGUUUAAUUGCAGUAUGCCUGGUUUUCACCUCAACAUGUCUGUUAUAAACUCAGUGCCUUGUUUUACCUCAGCAGUGGCCUUAGGCUCCAGUGUAGUUUCAGAGCUGGAAAGAUGCAAAUAAGUGUGUUUAAGAUUAGAACAAGUUAAAACGGUCCGAAACCGAACACACACACAGAAUGUAGAGUAAGCAAGCAAGCAAACAGAAAGGACACACAGAUAUAUAGUUUUAUCAGUAAAUACUGUCAUGAAUAAUAAAUAGGAGUGACGUUACUAAUUUUUCCUAAUUUAUUUCCGUAUAUAUGCUAUGGUUACUGUGUACCUACGAUUGUAGCUUAGCUGCUAUGUUUCAUGUCAUGAUGAUUGACGAUGAUCAAAGAAAUGUUUUGAAUAAGUUGGAAAUAUUGUCUUCAAAAUUCUGUUUGCGAGACGCUUUUUUAAAACCUGAAUGCCUUAACAUUGUUGCACUUACACGCAGUGUAAAAAUACUUUGUUUUGUGUGAAAAAUUGACUUCAGAAAUGUUUCUUCUAACUGCAAAGAAGACACUUAAAAUUGUAUUUUUUUUAUUUUAUUUUUUUUACAAUAUAACUUUUAUUAUAUUGAUUUGUUGGAUUUUGGGGAUUUCUGCUGUUUUAGAUGGCCGAUAGAUUGUCACACUAAUACUACUGAAUGGAGUGCAAUAAUUUACCUGUGCUGUCCUCAAAAAAAGGAAAAGCUGUAAUCCAGGGGCAUUAUUGCAGUGUCUCAUUGCACUUAAAUUACUGCAUUAAAGCAUUUGACUUUUAA